GGCCGAGAUUUGAGCAGAAAGAUAUAUAGCUGAGCAAACACAGACACCCACCACUGGUAGUAAGUCAAACAGCAUACAGUUUUCCUCUCACUUUCGCCACAGCGUCGUGUUUGAGGCUGUAUCAUCAUUUCUGCUUGUACCGCUGAAUGCAAAGCAAAUACGACGUGAGCGUCAAAGCUUGGAUACGGUACGGACUGCACGCCGCGGGCGCCCGCCCACAGUCAACCCCGCGAGCCGGGUCUCGGUCAGGAGGCGAAGAGUGCUGUCUGUGACAUCGUCUUACUUCCAAGCAGCGUUUCCCAGUCACCGGAUUGCAUGUCGAACGAACGGGCUGACCUUCGGUGGUACAGUUUAUGCUGAAUCCUGCCAAAGGGAUCAAGGAAGGUGUUACAAGACUCUGCAAAACACUGGUGCGGAGUCACAUAACCAUAACAGGGAUCAAUACUUCGUUCAGAGUACUGUCGAUACUAAUUCCAUCAAAGCUUGACAGUGGUGGCACCUCCAACAACCUUAAAAGAUCUACGCUUCUUCGCACACCUGUGGCUUGGCGUAAUGAAACUUCAGCUUUAAAGCAAGGAUACAGUUGGUGUCAGUUAAGACUUCUCUUUUCAGUUACAAGAACAACAAGAAUGGGAGCGAAAGAGUCCAAAACCAGAGGUGGAAAUGUACAGGGAGUAAAUUUUGCUCCUCGUGAAGACACCAAGCCAGUUUACAUGUCUGGCUGUUCUACUGACACUGACUCUGGGAACAUGGCAUCUGGUGUUGAGACUGUCGUCUGUAAAGUUAAUGACAUUGGAGAAGGCGAUGCUAAGGAAGUUCAGAUAGGUGAACACACAGCCCUUCUUGUGAAAGAAAAUGGAAAUCUGUAUGCUGUAGGAAACAAGUGUACUCAUUAUGGUGCACCACUGUCAAAAGGUGCCUACUGUAAUGGUGUUGUCCGCUGCCCUUGGCAUGGGGCUUGCUUCAAUGUGAAAACUGGUGACAUUGAAGAUUAUCCAGGUCUUGAUAGUCUGCCCAAAUUUAAGGUUGAGGUGCGAAGUGAUGAAGUUGUGGUUACAGCAAACCCUGAAGAUCUCAAAACCUCCAAGCGGCUAAAGUCCAUGUGCCGUCUUGAUCCCCGCAACAAAAAUACCUUUGUACUAGUUGGAGGAGGAGCUGCAACUGCGACUUGUGCAGAGACUCUGAGACAAGAAGGCUUUACAGGACGUAUCCUUGUUAUAACAAAGGAAAAUAACCUUCCUUAUGACAGACCUAAGCUUAGCAAGGCUAUGUCAUCUUCAGCAGAAGCCAUUGCCCUGAGGAAAAAAGAGUUUUAUGAUGAAUAUGGCAUUGAGUUUACCUUAGGUGCUGAGGUGACUGGUGUCAAUACAGCAAAGAAAAAAGUGACCAUUUCAGAUGGUUCUACAAUUUCCUACAAUGCUCUUCUAUUGGCCACAGGAGGAAGACCAAGGACAAUGACUAUACCAGGCCAGGACUUAAAAAAUAUUUGUGUUCUGCGUACUCCAGAGGAUGCCAAUUACAUUGCUGCUAAUAGCGAAGGGAAAAAUGUUGUCAUCAUUGGCUCAUCAUUUAUAGGUAUGGAGGUGACUUCUUGUUUGGCUGAAAAAGCAAAAAGUGUGUCCGUUGUGGACCUGAUUAAAGUUCCUUUCCAGCUGGCCCUGGGCCAGCAAGUUGGCUCCGUGUUGCAAAAGAUGCAUGAGGAUAAGGGAGUCAAGUUCUACUUUGAGCGUGGCAUCAAGGAGUUUAGAGGAGAGGAUGGCCAUGUGACUCAUGCAGUUUUGAGUGAUGAUACCACACUGGCAGCGGAUUUAUGCGUCCUGGGUAUAGGUGUCGUACCUGCUACCGAUUUUCUGAAAGACUCCAGCAUUAAGAUGACAGAUAGGGGGUUUGUUACUGUUGAUAAAUACAUGAAGACCAACCAAUCUGGGGUGUUUGCUGCUGGAGAUAUUGUGGAGUUUCCCUUGUUUUUAAACAGCAAUCAGCAGUCAAAUGUCCAGCACUGGCAGAUGGCUCAUCAGCAUGGUCGCAUUGCCGCUUUGAACAUGCUUAACAAGAAAGUGGAAAUCCACAGUGUGCCUUUCUUCUGGACUGUAAUGUAUGGCAAAAGUGUUCGCUAUACAGGUUAUGGACAUGGCUAUGAUGAUAUCGUGGUACAUGGAGACUUAUCAGCUCCUCAGUUUGCAGCCUUUUACACCAAAGGAGAUAAAGUUGUUGCUGUCGCAAGUCUUGCCUUUGAUCCCAUUGUGUCACAGGCAGCCUCUCUCAUGGAGAAAGGAGAUACCAUUUUGAAGUCUGAGAUACAGAAUGAUCCAAAAAGCUGGGUGGGAAGACUAAAGCAGAAGUUAUGAAACCGAGUCAAGAAAAGAUGAUCAAAGGAAAUAAGUUUGAAGAACCAAACUGUUGGGAUGACAUGAUCAAAUGAAUGUGCCACCCCUAAUUGGAAAAAAAAAAAAAUUUGCACAAUCAUUUUGCAUGACAAGCUUCUGAGCUCACUAUUCUUUACCACAUGACUGUGUUUCUGCUCAACAAAAUAGGAUGUCAGCGAAAUGGGAUGAUGAUAGAAUUCUUUUCUCCAUGAUGUUGUAUAAAGGUUGUUACACAGACUUGUGCUGCUGAAGAGAGACUUCAUGUAAAUGUGAUAAUUGGUGGGCAUGUCCCUUUUUUGGUGAUUAAUAAUAAUAAAAUGUUAAUAUAAAAUGAAUCAAUACAAAUCAUUUUACUUGGUUACUUGCUGACCACAAAUUUAUUAAAUAUAUAGGUCAAUCUCAACAAAAUAAUGUGAAACACUAAAAGUAUCUAAAGCAAAUAUUUAGCUAGUCUGGAAUUUUCUUCAAAACAGUCUGAUAAGACUUUCCAGUCCUUGAUCAUUUUUAUGUUUGAUUGUUAGGGGAUUUUAUAAUGUAUAACGUAUGUUCCUUCUCUACGUAGACAUUCAUUUCAAAUAAAAGUGGGCAUAGAUUUUUGACUUUUGCCGACUGUUAAACAUUUAUGUGGUUAUUUUUAUGAACAUUGGCUUAUUAGCUGCUCUUGUCUUAAAGUAUGCAUUAUAAUCUAUUCUUAAAUUAUUUUCUUGAGGCUCAUUUAACAAUGGCACACACCAGCUCACUUUCAAUAGUCAUACUUUGAAGAUUUACAUGUUUCUUAAUAAUGUGUCAAAGCAGGCCCUGUCAUUUAUCUUGUAUGAUAUAUUGGGUAUUAAAAAAAUAUUUAUGGUGAAAGGUGAAUAUAUUUACUCAUUUUGGUGAAUAUUCAGCCAAAUCUUGAAAAAAAACUGAUUAUGAGUGCAUCGGGUGUUAUCAAUAGCUUUUAUUUAAAUGAUCAAAACUGUGCUUCACAUGGUAAUGUUGAAGAAGUGGAAAGUUAAUUUUUCUUUGCUGAAUAAAAAGUCUUGGCAAAA